AUGGCUCUACCGACAAUCCGGCAUGUGAGGAUUGUAUUUUACCCUAUUCUCGCAGCUUUCGGUGUUCCGGCGGGCACGGCCCCACUUACUCCGGGCCAGUACCGGCUCAAUAAUAGAGUUCCGUUGGGUGGAUUCUGUCGAAUGCACAUCAGCCGUUCCUCCUACAGCCACUGUGUUCAGCUGUGUCACGGCUCUCAUUCACUACGGCUGGUGUCUGAAUGGGGCUUCGAGGCGAACCUAUUGACAAUGGUGGUCCUCUUCCGAGGGAAUUGCGGCCUUUCCAAAUGUAUAUCGCUCUACAUGGCUUUCAUGGCAAUGGCAGAUCUCCUGGUGAUGAUCGUCUGUGUAAUUGCGUAUCAUAUCGUCAUGUACCAGUUUCCAUUCUCCUUCCUGUCCUACACAUCCGCCUGUAAGGUCGUCCUGUACUUCAAUUCGACCUGCCUGCAAACCUCGGUCUGGUACACUGUCCUGUUCACAGCCGAUCGGUUUGUAGCGAUCUGUUGUCAGAAGCUUAAAACGAAAUAUUGCACGGCGAGGACAGCUGUUGUCGGCAUUAUAACCGUUCCGCUCCUGAUGCAUUUACAGAACGUCCCGUAUCUAUUUGAGUAUAAACCUGUGCGUGUAGUUAACGGUAUUCAAUGGGGCUGCCAGCCGAGCUCGUGGUUCAUUACGUCUCUUGUGGGCGUCGCAUUCUCCUUUCUGCAGAGUAUUUUAACGGUUAUAUUACCUUUUGUUCUGAUAACCCUGUUUAACUGUCUGACGGUAAGGCGCAUUUUAUUAGCCAGUAAAGUACGCCGCGGACUGCGCGGUCAAGGCAGUCAAACACAGAAGGAUCCGGAGAUGGAAGGCCGCCGGAAAUCCAUCAUUUUACUCUUUAGUGUGUCCGGCAGUUUCAUUCUGUUGUGGCUGACGGUCACUGUGAUCUUUCAGAUCACCCGACUCACAGCAACCGCGCAUUACGACGGCGAUUACUCCAACUCUGCCUAUGUCGCCACUGAAGCCGGUUACAUGCUCAUGUAUCUGAGUUCCUGCACGAACGCCUGCAUUUAUACAGCGACACAGGCUAAGUUUAGAGAAGAAAUGCGGCUGGUGUUAAAAUACCCUCGGACUUUAUUUUUUAAAUUGGUUAAAGAAACACGGGUAAAGCAAAGCACAUGUUCCUAA